AUGCUUUUGCUGAGCCAAACUUUGUUGGUGGCCACUGAUCUCUUUCUGCACGUCUUCCAGGGAAUGGCCUUGGACACCACAAGCACUGAGGUGCAACCACGCGCAUCGCUGGCGGUGAACAUGGUCCACAGCCAUCCUCCCACGAUCACCAUCAGCCUCUUAGAGACGGGCCUCCUCUUGGGCUUGGACCUCUACAGGCCUAAGACUCCCACGGGACUCUGUGGCGCUGGCAGCUUCUCUCCGCCCGGCGACUUCGAGUGCCGCCCCUGCCCCGAUGGCUGGAGCUCCUUCGGUGCCGCAGGGUCAUGCAAUUAUCCCAUGCCGAAGACCUUGAUGAACGCCCUGAAGUUGUUGCUCUUGGGGAUGCUUCUGAUGCUGGUGGUGAUUCCGCAAACGCUGGCACUGAUCCUGAAAUUCUCCAAGGCCUCUUUGCGCACCCAUCUCGAUGAGAUGUUGCAGCCGUUCUUCGUGCCCUAUGCUAUGGUGCUUUUGCCUGCCCUUUGUGCCUGGGCUGCUGUGCGCUGGCGCUUGCGUGUCUUCCUUGCUGUUGUCCCGCUGCUCAGUGCUGCCCUGGGGCUGGCCCACGCGAGGGCUGGGCUGGCAACUGGCGCGCUGAUUUGCCUGGCAGCCUCCUCUUUGGCAGCUAUGCUAUGUUGCCUUUGGGUUCCGGUGUAUUGGGAUCCGAUGAUGAUGGCCAGUGUGCUGGUACCAAGCGCCAAUGCCUAUUUGACGAUGGACUUGAGGAGAUGGCUCCACAAUCCGUUUGUCACGACCGGCGAUGGGACCAAGGCCAACACGGCCGGUGCGCGGAUGAUCAUCAUGGCCGGUUCUGUGGUGUAUAGCUUCACAGCAGGACUUAUGGUCUUGACCUUGAUUCAGCAUCAGGGCCAUGGUGUUUGGACGCCCAUUGGACCCUGCGCCAGCAGGCAUGGCAAGCUGCCGGCUUGGGCCAUGACCGUCGCCUGCAGCCUGUCCAUGGUUGCAGUGGGCUUUGCCGCCAAAGCGUGCAAGGACGCCGAGGACAUCCAUCAGCCCACGCGCUGGGCGCGUGACGAAGAGGUUCGCCCAACACGUUUGCCGCGGCACCUGCGAUUUUACUGGAUACAGCGCCUGACUGUGGUUUGCAAGAGCUGGAGAUCCAGGCAUUUGAUCUUAAUGGCCAGUGCGCUCUAUGACUCCUACACCUUCUACAAGGGACUUCGAGCUUCCAAGGAAGCCUUGAGCUCACAAGCCUAUGACUUCUUUACGAUUUUGAUCUUCGCCAUGUUCACGGCCUCCAUCAAUGCGAUGGCCUUGCUGUUGGACUACUUCCGGGUGCGCUUGCCCGAGCUUGGAGAUCGGAACUUCCGCCUCAGUACUCUUUGCAAGUGUUUCCUGCUUUUUCUGAAACUCCGGGUGCUCAAAGUGCCUUUGACGGUCUAUGUGCAAAUGGACUCGACUUGGUUGAGUGAGAUCUCAACCUAUCCCAGAGUCCUGGGCGAAAGGAUUCCGAUUUGGAUGUGUGCCGAUCCGGGGCUGUGCCCGCUGAAAUGCCGCCAUGAUUUGGGAGGCACUUGCAGCUACACCAAUCAGCCCGCCUAUGGGGGCUGCUUUUGCGAGUAUUUCUCGACCGGCAUCCCAGUGCUGUCUGACCGUUUCAUGGUCUUUGGGAACUGCUUCAUCUCCGCCUGUGCCAUCGCCCUGUUGACCAACUCGCGCAUGAGGACUCGGGGCGUGUUUCGGUACCCCGAGUUGUCCCUCUUCGCGCUGGGGUGCUCCACCUUUCUUCCCACCGCAUUCAUCGCGUUGAAUACGAUCUACCUCUCAGUGCCAAGUCUGGCAGCACGACAUUUGCGAUUCCCCAACGACUUCCUGGUGCUGACGAUCCCGGCGCUGAUCUUCAUCUUGAUGGCCAACGAGAUGGCCAGGCGUUUGGAGACCGCGUGGAAGCUGCGGCACCUGGCGCCAUAUGAGCGGGUGACGCUCAGCUGGUGCGAGAGCGCCUGGCAGGUGGUGAAUUGCCAUGGCUUGGAUCACCUCAACGGCGCUCGUGUGGAAGCCGUGGACGACCAGAACCGUUCCCUGCUCGAGCGCCCCGACGCGCCGCAGGGCGCGCGGGGCGCGCGGGGCUCGGAAAUUACGGUACAAGGCCCUGCGGUGUUGCUGAGCAAAGAUCCGCCCAGGUAUGGUUCCUUAUGGGUCUCCAGUGGCUUUCGCUCCCUGACACCGCUGGCACAUUGGACCACCGUCAUCGCCAUCCUCAAGGUGUGGGACCGGCUCCACAUGCCUGUGAUCUUGUGCGAUGUCCUCCUGCUUUUGGUCCUCUCUGUGGCUGCGAGCAUCCUGAAUUUCACCCUACUGGACGAGGAGAUGGACGAGACAGCCCAAGCGCGGCGCUGGAGCAAGAUCCGCCGGCCCCAGCAGCUCCCGCGCGUCGCCAGCGACGAGCUGAGCCUCCCCAGCGAGGCGCAAUUUUGCGAGGCCUCGCCUCCAAGGGCGGCGGCAGCGGUGACCGGGCCGGGCUCCUUUGUCGAACUUCAAGCAACCUGA